UUAUUUUAACCAGUUUUGAGAGAAGGGUAAGCUUUCGCGUUUACGUUUCAGGACGUUGCACUGACUACUUCCGGGUUAGUAUCCUCGCUCUCUCUGGCGUGGUUUUUGGAUUCGCGCACCAGCAUAACAUGUGUAACUAGAAUUUAAGAUAAAAUGAGCUCUCAGAAAGGUAAUGUGUCUCGGUCGCGAGGCCAGAAGCAUCAAAACGCCUUUGCCUUCAAAAACGACAAGUACGGAGCGACUGUCCAAGUGAAGAAAGCAAAAUCAAAGACCCAUGAUGGGCUCUGCCAACACUGUAAGGGUAUUCUUGAAUGGAAAGUGAAGUAUAACAAAUACAAGACUCUAACGCAGCCCAAAAAAUGUGUCAAGUGUUCUCAAAAGACUGUGAAGGAUGCGUAUCACAUUAUUUGUAAGCCCUGCGCUCUUCAGCUAGAAAUCUGUUGCAAGUGUGGGAAGAAAGAGGAUAUCGUUAUUCCAGUAAAUGCUGAAGGGGACGAGAAAGACCAAGAGGAAGACGGUGAACAGAGAAAGAAAGGACCUGGACGAGGGAAGAAGGACAUGGAUGAUUCGCACAGCGAUGAUGAUGAUGAUGACGACCUAAGUGACCUUGACGGCGAUGAUGAUGAGGGAGACGGUUCCGAUAAUGACUCUGAACCAAAGAAGACACAGAAGAAGUCUGAUGUGCUUCCAGAUGUAUCUCGAGUCAAUGUUAAAGACUAACAACAGUGAUCCUGUUGUACCAAAUAGACUCUUUUUAGUUUUCAUAUAUACAAUAUACAAAGUUUUGUAAUUAAAAUACAGUAUGAGUUUGAGAUGUGACCAUAUUCAGAUUAACUAACUAAUGCAGUUGGCAAUCGAUUCGUCAAAAGCAACCAGAUGAUUCACAAAGUUUUCAGAUGGCUGUGUUUCUUUUUUUUUUUUUUUUUUACUGGACCAUAAAUACUGUGAUUCACAAUGAAUGGACUGUACAGCGCACAUUCACAAACAAUGCCAACUGGAUAUCUUUGAAUGUACUUGAAUAAAAACAUGUACAUUCUGUACAAACAUUUA